CCGGGUCCCGAGGCAUUGGGAGGCCGAGAGCUGCCCGGACCCCCGCUCUCCGCCGCUGCCCCGUCCGGGGCCGCACUUCGGAGCCAAGGCCGUGCGCGGGGGGCCAGCAGGACCGGGCCGGCCGGGCCACGCGUCCAUCGAGCCAGAGAUCCGUGAGUAAAGCGGGAAGAAGCGACAAGAGACACAGCCACAACACGCGACUUCAGACUCCUGGGUCCCGCAGGACGCCCAGAUCGGCGGCCCGUAAGAUGGCCCCGCCCAGCCUCCUGCUUUGCUUGCUGUCCGUCACCGUGUGCUCUCUGCUGGGGGGAAGUUCGGCGUUCCUGUCCCACCACCGCCUGAAAGGCAGGUUUCAGAGGGACCGCAGAAACAUCCGGCCCAACAUCAUCCUGGUGCUGACGGACGACCAGGACGUGGAGCUGGGGUCCAUGCAGGUGAUGAACAAGACGCGGCGCAUCAUGGGGCAGGGCGGGGCGCACUUCGUCAACGCCUUCGUGACCACGCCCAUGUGCUGCCCCUCGCGCUCCUCCAUCCUCACCGGCAAGUACGUCCACAACCACAACACCUACACCAACAACGAGAACUGCUCCUCGCCCUCCUGGCAGACGCAGCACGAGAGCCGCACCUUUGCCGUGUACCUCAACAGCACGGGCUACCGGACAGCUUUCUUCGGAAAGUAUCUUAAUGAGUACAACGGUUCCUACGUGCCGCCGGGCUGGAAGGAGUGGGUCGGCCUUCUUAAAAACUCCCGUUUUUAUAACUACACGCUCUGCCGGAACGGGGUGAAGGAGAAGCACGGCUUUGACUACUCUAAGGACUACCUGACAGACCUCAUCACCAACGACAGCGUGAGCUUCUUCCGCACGUCCAAGAAGAUGUACCCCCACCGGCCCGUCCUGAUGGUCAUCAGCCACGCGGCCCCCCACGGCCCUGAAGACUCUGCCCCCCAGUACUCGAGCCUCUUCCCCAACGCGUCCCAGCACAUCACGCCGAGCUACAACUACGCGCCCAACCCUGACAAGCACUGGAUCAUGCGUUACACGGGGCCCAUGAAGCCCAUCCACAUGGAGUUCACCAACAUGCUGCAGCGGAAGCGUCUGCAGACCCUCAUGUCCGUGGACGACUCCAUGGAGACGCUCUACAACAUGCUGGUGGAGACGGGCGAGCUGGACAACACGUACGUUGUGUACACCGCCGACCACGGCUACCACAUCGGCCAGUUCGGCCUGGUGAAGGGCAAGUCCAUGCCGUACGAGUUCGACAUCAGGGUCCCGUUCUACGUGCGGGGCCCCAACGUGGAGGCCGGCUCGCUGAAUCCCCACAUCGUCCUCAACAUCGACCUGGCCCCCACCAUCCUGGACAUUGCCGGUCUGGACAUCCCCUCGGACAUGGAUGGGAAGUCCAUCCUCAAGCUGCUGGAUACGGAGCGGCCAGCGAAUCGGUUUCACUUGAAAAAGAAGAUGAGGGUCUGGCGGGACUCCUUCCUGGUGGAGAGAGGCAAACUGCUGCACAAGAGGGACAACGACAAGGUGGACGCUCAGGAGGAAAACUUCCUGCCCAAAUACCAGCGGGUGAAGGACCUGUGCCAGCGCGCAGAGUACCAGACAGCCUGCGAGCAGCUGGGACAGAAGUGGCAGUGUGUGGAGGACGCGUCCGGGAAGCUGAAGCUGCACAAGUGCAAGGGCCCCGCACGGCUGGGGGGCGGGGCGCUCUCCAACCUGGUGCCCAAGUACUACACGCCGGGCGGCGAGGCGUGUGCCUGCGACGUGGGUGACUACAAGCUCAGCUUGGCGGGUCGCCGGAAGAAGCUCUUCAAGAAGAAGUACAAGACCAGCUAUGCCCGGAACCGCUCCAUCCGCUCGGUGGCCAUCGAGGAGGACAGCGGGGCGCACCGCACGGCCCUGGAUGACCCAUCCCAGCCCCGCAACCUUAGCAAGCGGCACUGGCCAGGGGCCCCUGAGGUCCCAGAUGACAAGGAUGGUGGAGACUUCAGUGGCACUGGAGGCCUUCCGGACUACUCAGCCCCCAACCCCAUUAAAGUAACACACCGGUGCUACAUCCUCGAGAAUGACACGGUCCAGUGCGACCUGGAUCUGUACAAGUCCCUGCAGGCCUGGAAAGAUCACAAGCUGCACAUCGACCAUGAGAUCGAAACCCUGCAGAACAAAAUUAAGAACCUGCGGGAAGUCCGAGGUCACCUGAAGAAAAAGCGUCCUGAGGAAUGUGAUUGUCACAAAAUCAGUUACCACACCCAGCACAAAGGCCGCCUCAAGCACAAGGGCUCCAGUCUGCACCCUUUCAGGAAGGGCCUGCAGGAGAAGGACAAGGUGUGGCUGCUGCGGGAGCAGAAGCGGAAGAAGAAACUUCGCAAGCUGCUCAAGCGCCUGCAGAACAACGACACGUGCAGCAUGCCGGGCCUCACGUGCUUCACCCACGACAACCAGCACUGGCAGACGGCGCCGCUCUGGACACUGGGGCCCUUCUGCGCCUGCACCAGCGCCAACAACAACACCUACUGGUGCAUGAGGACCAUCAACGAGACCCACAACUUCCUCUUUUGUGAAUUCGCCACGGGCUUCCUGGAGUACUUUGAUCUCAACACGGACCCCUACCAGCUGAUGAACGCGGUGAACACGCUGGACAGGGACGUCCUCAACCAGCUCCACGUGCAGCUCAUGGAGCUGAGGAGCUGCAAGGGUUACAAGCAGUGCAACCCCCGGACACGGAACAUGGAGCUGGGACUUAAAGCUGGAGGAAGCUACGAGCAAUACAGGCAGUUUCAGCGUCGAAAGUGGCCAGAAAUGAAGAGACCUUCUUCCAAAUCGCUGGGGCAGCUGUGGGAAGGCUGGGAAGGUUAGGAAGCGCGCGGCGGCCUCCAGACCAGAAGCGCCAUCUGACCGUCCCGACCGGGAAGACCGAGCACGAUUUCAGGCGGGCCCGCGCUCCUAGCCGGGGCCCGAGUCCCGGGACCUGCUUUCCGUCAACAUGGCACGCUCUGGAAGACGACCGUGGGGAGUCGUGGGACUCCGGGAAGUCCAUCUUUGCCCCUGCUUCUGCUUUGGACGGUACCUCACCAGCUGCACAAAAUGCGUUUUCCUACCGAACAGUCACCACUAACCCUCGCGGAGAGGCUUACAAAGGAAGGUUUUCUUGGCAGUUUCCCCCACGGUGUAAGGCACUGGAACUUUUUUAAAAAUCCUAGGGAAGAACACCCCCGUUUCAGACCCUUCUCUUUCGGUGCGUCACAGAGGAGGAGCUCGGACGGCGGCGCGGCGGCGCGGCCUGCGGCUGCCCGAGACGGCGCGGGCUCGGCCGGGAGGCGGCAGCGCGGGGGCGCCGCGAGGCGGGCCGUCUCCGAAGUGGCGGCUCCGCGGCGGCGAGGAGGCCCCGCGCGUAGCGGCGUGGGAACUCGCAGGGGAUCUGACCCGGCGUGCAGGGGCGGUGGUGUCAAUAAACGCUGUGCCAGUGUAAAGAAAACCCCUCGCACUUGUGGACGUUUCUGUUCCUGCCCAGACGCCGUUCCCGCCCGUAUUCCUUUGUCAUCUGUCCCAGAACUGGUGUUUUUUAAAGUACUGAGAAAAGUGAAGUUCAUGUAUGUAUGUCCCAGGUUUUAACGAAAUUGUAUUUGUAAAGAAAUUUUGUAGUCUAAGUACUGUCCUACGACGUCCGAAGUCCCAGCCAACGACCGGCAGUUGGUGGGAGGGAACCUUUAACACUUUGUAAAAGGCCGUUCUUGGGA